AUGAUAAAUAAGAUUGUGAAAAGGUUGCUUCGGUGUCAAACUUCGAGAAAUAACUUACGCAGAGCUGCUCAGCGAAGGGCAGAAAACGCAGCUUCCACAAUGUUGCAAAUGUAUAUGCUUCAUUGUAAAAACAUUUUAAUUGAAAAGAAAUUUAUGAACGCUUUAAACUUUUCUGUAAUGAUGCUGACUGGAUGGUAUUUUUUUAUGAUAGUAUAUUCGAUAUAUUACACCUAUAUAACUGCUUUGGAAACAUUCCAAAGAAGUUUAGGAUCGAAUGAUAUUAAAGAAUAUUUAAAUCCAAUGAUGUUCGUUGUAUAUCAAUGUAUACAAUUGUAUCUACUUGUGUUAGUUCCUACAGUAUGUACGGAACGAGCCAAAAGGAUGAUCGGUUUAUUGAACGUAAUUAGCGUUAGUCACCACCAUUGCCCAGUUCCAGAACGAUUGCUAGAAACACUGAUGGUAGACUGCAUGCAGCAGAAUUAUUCAAUAAGUAACUACGGGAUGUAUGUUUUGAACAGGAGUCUUUUAUUUGGGAUGAUAGCAACCAUGACGAGUUAUUUGAUUAUUCUUAUACAGUUCCAUAUUCAGAAAUAUGAGUAA